UAAAGGAACUACUUUGAUCCAUAGUGGGCAACCAAAGGGAGAAGUUGUUUGAUCUGUUCAGGAUCCACGCUGGACGUAUUCUCUGGUGAAUGGCACAUUUCCAUGGGGAUAGCUUGAAGUCAUAAUAGACAGUGGACAUUGACCUCCGUACCCCCGGCCACUCACCCCUGAAAUCACACACCUUUUUGCCCUUUCAUCUCCAAUAGGAAUCUAUAUGUGUUGUAGGGUUGGUUUUGGGUUUCCUUAAACUUAUGAAAUCGCCAUUAGCGUAUGACCAGGAUUGCACACGAACACUGGUUGGCACAGAGUGGUUGUGACAGACAGACACACUGGCCAAUGACAGAGCAAAACAAAACUUGCUAAUUGAGAGGAAGAGAGACAGGGCAAAAGGAGAAAGACUGAGCUUAAUGAUUGACAGAUUACCAAUCUCUUGUGGACAUACUAUGUAAACAGGAAGCAAGAUUUUGGUUCUGGUGUGAGUCCCACCAAUUCUGCAAAAGGUAUAAAGUCUCCCUGAAUCUCUGCUCAGGAGCUCAAUCACCUCCUUCCCUCAACCAUCACUCCUUUCCACUUGUGCCACUUUUCAACAUGCAGUGGUUGGAUGUCAGCUGCCUUUUGACGCUGUUUAUUUUAUCAGCCGGGGCUCAGUCUCAGAAUCAGGUCUGUACUGUCUUCACAGAGGCCAAGAAAGAUGGAUUUGAAGCCAUGGCUCUGGUGGGGUUGGCACAGAACCUCCCCGACAGCUUGCUGGUUGACAUGGUGCCACUGGUCCAGCAGGCCUUCUCCAUGGGCGUCCUGUGUUGCUCAGACGAACCCCCGAAGGACUGUAACAGAGAUGUGGCUGACCUAUUCCAAAGUGCUGUGUGUUCAUCUGAGACCCUAGUGGAGACUAGUAAUCUGACUCACUGCUGUGAGAAGACUGGCUCUGAGAGGACAGAUUGCUUCGUGGACCACAAAGCUAAGAUUCCCCGGGAUUUGUCCUUUACCUCGGAGUCGCCUGCUGCAGACCAGUGUGAAGACUUCAAGAAAGACCGGAAGGGUUUCAUCGAGAGGUUUAUCUUCAGGUUCUCCAAGCGUAACCCGAUGCUGCCCCCACAUGUCAUCCUGGCCAUCACUAAGGCAUAUGGGGAGGUUCUGGCUACCUGCUGUGGAAAGGAGGAGGCUGAGGCCCAGACCUGCUUCCAAACCAAGAAACCUACCUUUCAAUAUGCCGUCAGAAACCGUGUCAAUGAAAUCAAGGCCCUUUGCAUCACCCAAAAUAAAUACGGGGACCGAAUCGUCAAGGCCAAGAAGUUAAUCCAGUACAGUCAGAAGAUGCCCCAGGCGUCGUUCCCGGAGAUGAGCAGCAUCGUGGACAAGAUCGUCAUGACUACGGCCCCCUGCUGCAGCGGGGACAUGGUUACAUGUAUGAAAUGGAGGAAGAUCCUGAUGGAUGAGGUGUGCGGCAACCGGAGUGUGUUGUCUCGCGUGGCCGGUUUAAAGGCGUGUUGUAAGGAACACGCGAUUGACCGGGGCUCCUGUGUUGAGGCCAUGAAGCCUGACGCCAAGCCGGAGAGUCUGUCAGUGUACUAUGACCUACACACCCACAUAGCCCAGAUCUGCCUCACCUUCACCAAGACCCCUGACGCAGCCCUGGCACAGUUGAUCUAUGAGAUCUCUGUGCGUCACCCUGAGUCCUCCCAGCAGGUAAUCCUACGCUUCGUCAAGGAGGCUGAGCAGGCCUUCCUCCGAUGCUGUCAGAGGGAGGACCAAGCAGGAUGUGUCAAAACAGCUAUGGCAGGAUGUGACAUCAAUAAGAAGAUCACUGAGGAGAUCGAAUACUACAAGAAGAUGUGUGCCGCAGAGGCUACCCUGAAAGAUGACAACUUUGAGAAGAGUAUGAUAGUGUAUUACACCAGAAUAAUGCCUCAGGCCUCGUUUGCCCAGCUUCACAUGGUGUCUCAGACUCUGGCGGAUGUCUUUCACGGCUGCUGCAAUGACGAGCCUAAUGGUUUCCUCCUGCCCUGCGCAGAGGAGAAGUUGACCAACAUCCUUGACGCCAUAUGCAACGACUACGACUACUCAAGCUUCAACCCCCGCAUUGCCCACUGCUGCAACCAGUCCUACUCCACCAGGAGGCCCUGCUUCCUGGCCCUCCACCCCGACGCAGACUUCACCCCGCCGGGCCUGGUUUCCAACACCUUCCCUAUGGGCCCUGAGCUCUGCACCGACGACCGCAAGAAGCUCCUGUUGUCUGGGAAGAGGCUGUUGUAUGGUUUAGUGAGACAUAAGACCAACAUCACGGAGGAUCAUCUGAAGACCAUCUCUGCUAACUACCAUGCAAUGAGGGAAAUGUGCUGUGCCACAGAAGAUCACGGUGCAUGCUUCACACAGGAGGCACCAAAGCUGGUAUCUGAGAGUGCAAAGCUGGUCAACGUUUAAGAUUUCAUUUGUAGAUUUCAGAUUCCAUCUACCUCCAAAUAUCCUUCAUACUGGUUCUCAACCAGAGAUGCAAGGUCCCCUGGGGGUCCCUGCCCAAUCUCCAUGGGGGUUUCUUAAGGGCCUCAGGGGUCAAGUCAAGCUUUAUUUAUACACCAAACGGGUGCAAGAUGCCUUGCAGGAAAACAAAUGAAAACAUUUAAAACGACUGGUGUGAUGUUCAGAUGCACACAAGUGGGAGGAUUGGGGUUCCCCAGAGAGCAGCAUGUACUUCCUGGUACGGUAACCGAAAAAGGUUGAAAACCAAAAACUGGACAUUGGUCAUCCACUCAUAUGAGCUUCUCUUUCAGGAUUCAGUUAUUAGCAAAUAAGCCUUUUAGUCUUCUCUGUCUACAAUCAACUCACACACACUGGUUAAUUUUUGACAAACAAUUAAGACACCUUUCAAUCAAAUAUGAGAAUAAAUUGAAGAUUGUUUAUUGAU